GGGUGGAGGACAAGAAAGGCGUUGAAGUGUCCUCACACUGGAACCAAAACCGUCACAAUGGGCGAUGUAUCGCUGUAUUUGACCGACACGUCCGUGGAGCAGCGUUCUCCCACCGGAAGUCCAAAAGCAAGCAGGGAUUUUAGGACGUUGGAGCUGGGCGAGAACCAGAGAAAUGUCCAAAGGGAGAAGACCCCUCGGAGGAUCAUCCAUUUCUCCAGCGGGGAGACCAUGGAGGAGUACAGCACUGACGAAGAGGAGGAGGAAGGGAAGGAGGCAGAGAGGAAAGACCUGCUCUCCUCCCCUGUUGAUGCUGUGAGGUCCAAGAUGACUUGGGGUCCGUACUUCUGGUUCCACAUGUGGAGAGCUGCGUCUUCAACUAUUUCAGCCUGUGAUUACCUCGGGGAGAGAAUGGCCUCCUUCUUUGGGAUUACAUCAGCCAAGUAUCAGUACGCCAUCGAUGAAUACUACAGGACAAAGAAGGAGAGGGAGGAGGAGAAGGAGGAAACCCGCCUGUCGGAAGAGGCUGAACGUGCCUUCGACCAGUCGCGUUCCCAGGAAGGAGACGGGCCAAUCGUCGGGGCAGAACGUCCCGUUGCCCCGCCUCAUGUGACCUACCAGAUCCAAAACGAAAGCCAGGCACCGUUUGGAAACAAUUAAGGUAUGUAAAUAAACAUUUACAAAAUGUUUAUUUAAUCAACAUUUGCAUUUAUUUAUUAAACACAUCACAUUAUAUUAUGUCUUCCCGUUUUUGACAGCAAUUCGUUUUUUUCACAGAUUUAGUUUUCCACAAAAAAAUAAUAAUAAUCGGAACUUUUGUAUACCGUAUUUUCUGGACUAUAGAACACACCGGUAAAUAAGCUGCACCCACUAUAAUUUGGAAUUUUUUUUCCAUAUAUUAGCCGCACUGGACUAUAAGCUGCAGAUGCUAUAUUAACGUUGUGAAAUGAGUUAUUUACACAUAAAUAUUCUGUAAAUGUUUAUUUACAUGCCUUAAUUAUUUCCAAAAGGUGUCUGUAACACGGCAGUAAAACGGCUGAUCAAACAAAACAGAAGUCAUCGUCAUGGACCCACUAGCUCUAUAAUCAGCAGAUUUAAUAACGCCACGGUGACGUUUUGGUAAAUUUACUGAGGAAUUUGUGAAACUGAAACAAUACAAAAAGAAUGCCAUUGUAAGUUGCUAACACUAACACAGACACUCGUAAAUGUGUUAGCAUAUUAGCUCAUGCUUACGACGCUAGCUUCAUUACACUGCAAUGGCACAUACAAAUAUGCAUGAAAACACUCCUACAGACAUCACACAUGGGACGGUUUAGUAUGUAAGAAUUGUUUUAGUUAUAUUGUAAAACUUACAAACGUUGCUUGUAGUGAUUAAUGAAGAAUCCAUACGUGUAGAAACGUUACGGACGACUCGAAGACGGAACGGCACUGGCGCUUCCGGUUCAAAGCUUUAAACAGCAGGAAACACUGUAGGCAUUCACCCAGCAGCACCUGCAGAGCGCAAACUCGCCCAAAAGAUGGCGCCAUAGCGCAAACAAUAACACCAUUUCAGUGUCUUUGCAUGUGUUUUGCACAUUAUCUUUACAUAAAGAACAAAUGGCAUCAAAAAUGUUGUAAAAGAUCCCACAAUUGUUUUUAUUUUCACUUACAUUACAAAAUAAUUCCAAAUCCUGUUUUUUUAGUCAUCAUUUAAUUAUUGUAUUUAAUAUUUAUUAUAUAAUAUAUUUAUUUAAAAUGUACUGUAUUUAUAUGUCUGUGUACAGUGUGUGUGUUUAGGUAUACAAGUUGACUUACACAGCAGUCCAGGACAGUGAUUCUCAAACUGUGCCACCAGGCUCCAUCUAGUGGUACGCCAAAGAAUCGUGUAAUUAAAUACUCAAACACAGUGUUACUGUUCAAAUUGUGUGUAAUGUAGUGACAAAUAAAAAAAAACCUCUGCCUUGUUUUUAAUGAAAAUGUAGGCCUACUGCGCUACUGCAUUUUAAUGUUGGUCAUUAGGGUGGUACUUGGAGAGCCAAGUGUUUUCUGAGGUGGUCCUUGGUGAAAUACGUUUGAGAACCACUUGUCGAGGAACAGAAAUUGUCGGGCCCACCUGUACUGUACCGCAUGUUUAAUAAGACAUACCGUAUUUUUCCGACUAUAAGUCGCACCGGCCGAAAAUGCAUAAUAAAGAAGGAAAAAAACAUAUAUAAGUCGCAUUUUUUGGGGAAAUUUAUUUGAUAAAACCCAACACCAAGAAUAGACAUUUGAGAGGCAAUUUAAAAUAAAUAAAAGAAUAAUGAGCAACAGGCUGAAUAAGUGUACGUUAUAUGAGGCAUAAAUAACCAACUGAGAACGUGCCUGGUAUGUUAACGUAACAUAUUAUGGUAAGAGUCAUUCAAAUAACUAUAACAUAUAGAACAUGCUAUACGUUUACCAAACAAUCUGUCACUCCUAAUCGCUAAAUCCCAUAAAAUCUUAUACGUCUAGUCCAGGGGUCGGCAACCCAAAAUGUUGAAAGAGCCAUAUUGGACCAAAAAUACAAAAACAAAUCUGUCUGGAGCCGCGAAAAAUUAAAAGCCAUAUUACAUACAGAUAGUGUGUCAUGAGAUAUAAAUUGAAUUAAGAGGACUUAAAAGAAACUAAAUGACCUCAAAUAUAACUACAAACGAGGCAUAAUGAUGCAAUAUGUACAUAUAGCUAGCCUAGUGGCCUAGUGGUUAGAGUGUCCGCCCUGAGAUCGGUAGGUUGUGAGUUCAAACCCUGGCCGAGUCAUACCAAAGACUAUAAAAAUGGGACCCAUUACCUCCCUGCUUGGCACUCAGUAUCAAGGGUUGGAAUUGGGGGUUAAAUCACCAAAAAUGAUUCCCGGGCGCGGCACCGCUGCUGCCCACUGCUCCCCUCACCUCCCAGGGGGUGAUCAAGGGGAUGGGUCAAAUGCAGAGGACAAAUUUCACCACACCUAGUGUGUGUGUGUGACAAUCAUUGGGACUUUAACUUAACUUUAAAUAGCAUGUUAACAUCAAUUAGCUUGCAGUCAUGCAGUGACCAAAUAUGUCUGAUUAGCACUCCACACAAGUCAAUAACAUCAACAGAACUCACCUUUGUGCAUUCAUGCACAACCUUAAAAGUUUGGUGGACAACAUGAGACAGAAAAAGAAGUGGCAUAAAACACGUCCUA